GAAAAUAUGGAGAUGCUAGCUAUGUCAUGGCUGCCUUGAGUUUGAGGUAAUGUGCGUUUGUCUUUCGUUGGAGUAAUCAUGCCACCCCCUUUCCUCCAUUCACCACCUGGAGCAAGCGCCCCGAUAAAGACGUAAAGAUACUGAAGAAAUAACUACUUACCACUAACCUGAAGAUUAUUGACAACAUGAACUCUUCCUUUUUCACCUAGCCUUGUGAGAAAUUGAAAAGAGCAAUCUCCACAUUUUAGUUUCAACAAUGGCAAGAAGUAGUGGUGAAACUCAGCUACAGAGGAUUAUCCGGGAUAUGCAGGAUGCUGUGACAGAACUGAACAAAGAGUUUUUAGAAGCAGGAGAACCAAUCACAGAUGACUGUAUCAUCUUGCACAAGUUUUCUUAUAAGCUUGAGUACCUCUUGCAGUUUGACCAAAAGGAAAAAUCCACUUUACUAGGCAAUCGGAAGGACUACUGGGAUUAUUUUUGUGACUGUCUGAGAAAGGUUAAAGGUGCAAAUGAUGGUAUUCGCUUCGUCAAGUCUAUUUCAGAACUCCGCACUUCUCUUGGUAAAGGCAGGGCAUUUAUCCGCUACUCCUUAGUGCACCAAAGGCUUGCAGACACUUUACAACAGUGUUUUAUGAAUACCAAAGUAACAAGUGACUGGUACUAUGCAAGAAGUCCCUUCCUCAAUCCAAAACUGAGUUCUGAUAUUGUCGGUCACCUCUAUGAAUUAACUGAAAUUCAAUUUGAUUUGGCAUCAAGAGGCUAUGACUUAGAUGCUGGUUGGCCCACAUUUGCCAGGAGAACAUUGUGUUCACUUGGCUCCUCAGCUUAUCUAUGGAAACCUCCAAGCCGCAGUUCAAGCAUGAGCAGUUUGGUGAGCAGCUCUGUGCAGGCUCAAGAGAACCUUUCCAGCCCAAAUGAGAAUAGCUUUUUUAAUACUGAAUCUCUUGAAGGCCUAGAGGAUUUGCACAUGGAUCUUGAUCGGGCAGAGCUGCAGCAGAAGGAACUACAGGAUCGAAUCCAGAAUCUGGAAGGAGAAAAGCAAGAGCUUCAGGCCACUAUUAGCCUUCAGAAGCAGCAAGUGCAAAUGGAAAGAGAGAAGAACAGCAAUAUGGCAGAAGAGAAUGACAGGCUAAAAAAAAUGCUAGGGGGGUUAGAAAAACAGAUUUCCCACUAUACUCAGGGCACCAUUCAGGAAUUCCAGAAAUGUUUAGAGACACUAGAAUUGAAUGCAGCUGAGAAGCAGAAAGAAUGCUCUGCAAAGCUUGAGAGCCUGGAGUCCUUGAAAAAUGCCCCUGAUUCCAAAAUUCUUCUUUUGAAUCAAGAGCUAAAGACCAUGGAAAUCUGGUUGGCCAGGAAAGAUCUCUUGAUUAAUGAGCUUACUGCCAAACUAAAAUCAGCAGAAAAGAAAACUGAGGAGCUUGCAGCAAAAGCAAAUAGUCUUAUGGAUGAAAAAAGUCACCAGGCCAUUAGCCAAUAUGAUUCCGUACUAAAGAUUGAGGAAUUAUUUAAAAAGCUUUGUUGGGCUGAAGAGGAGAAGGCUGAUGCUCAGAAACUGCAUAGUGAACUUCUUUCUCAUCUUAAAAUUAUGGAAGAGCAAUUCCAUGUGAAAGAAGAGAAACAGAAAGAAUUUGAAUUAAAAUUGAAAAGCCUUACCAUUAGCACUAAGGAAGAAUCUGAAAAAUUGCUUAUUAAUCUGGAUGCCAUGACUAUUGAAAGGGCUGAACUUCAGAAAGAGCUAGCAGUGAAAGACAAAAUGGUAGCUGAUUUUCAAAUCCAGCUGGCAGAUACACUGGGUUAUGUAAAAUCAUUAGAACAAAAGCUACAGGAAGAAAGAAAAGAAAAGGCAGAAUUUGAGAGGCUGUUAAGUCAUACAAAAACAACAAUGGGACAAGAAAUAAAAAACCUAAUGGAGCAUCUUGAAUUGCUGGAAGUGCAGCUAGCAAAACUCAGUGACAUGGUGAAAAGUUUAGAAAAGCAAAAAGGGGAAGUUGUUACAGAAAGAGACCAUCUUAAAGCAAGAAUAUUGGAAAUGGAACACCAGAUCACAAAACAAUGCUCCUCGUUGAGAAAUUCCUUUGAAGAAAAUGAAAACCUCAAAUCCCAGAAUACAAAACAGCAGCAAACCUAUCAAAAGUUGAAAGAAAAGUGCAGCGAAUUAGAUAUAUCUAAAUCAUUUUUAGAAGGAGAACUGGCUCGAUUAAGAGCCUCUGAGAAACAUCUCCAGAGUCAGAUAGAUGAUGCCAUGGUAUCUGUGGACGAAAAAGAGAAGACACUUCGAGAAAAGAAUAAGCUAUUGGAUGAAAACUUGCAAAAUGCUACAAGAAAGAACCAGCUUUUUGAUGAAAAACUGAAAUCUCUACAAACCGAUUACCAAGAAUUGAAACAAAAUGAAAAUAGGACUGCAGAAUUCUUAAGUGUAGUUCAAGCCGAGCUCCAGAAUGCCGAAGAACAUAAUCUUCAAAUGGAAAAGAAUCUGUCUUCUUCAAGGCAGAGUGAAGAAUCUCUGAAGUUACAGCUCACAGAGAAAAUUGAGUUAUUAGAAGGCCUGGAGAAUCAGUGCAGUCAACUUCGGGAACAGGCUGAGGAGUAUAGAAUUAAAAUUGAAACCCUUGAGAAAAAUGGCCUUCAUCAAGCAAAAAUAAUUGAAUCUCUUACAUCUGAAAAGAAAACCCAAUUGGAAUUGGUAUCUUGUCAAGAGAGAGAAGCUAAAGAUUUGACGUUAAGAUUGGCUAUUUCUGAGGAACAGCAGAAUAUCAAUCGGGUAGAGAUAUCUAGGCUCCAGGAGGAAAUUAUAGAAUUUCAAGCCAAGCUUCAGCAGACAACUGCAGAGAAACAAAAGCUUCAGGGCAAAUUGGAUGUUACAGAAACUGUUUUAAGUGAACAAAAAUUAUUGUCUCAGCAGCUAAAAGAGCAAAAUGAAACACUGAACAGAAACCACGUGCAAGAACUACUUCAAUGUAAAGAAGAAGAGAAAAUGCAGAAAAAUGAAUGGAAAAAGGUAGCUCAACAGAAAGCUGAACUGGAAAAGAAUGUGGUGUCCCUGACAGAUGAAUUGUCCAAGGUCAGGAGUGAUUUGGAAGUUGUUAAUAUGGAAAACAUGGAAAUCAAGGACCUUCUCCAAAGAACCAACAUGGACAUGGCUGAGCUGGGUAUUCAGAUUUGCUCUCUGACAUCUGAAAAGACAGAAAUGGAAGAGAAGCUCUCCCAAGUCAAAGAGGAGCUCAGAGCUAUCAAAGAAAUGUCAAUCAAAGAACAAGAGAGGCUGCAGCUUGAGUUGACAAGAUUCAGUAAUGAGAAACAAGAAUUACAAGAGAAAUUGGAAGAUUCAAACGUUUGUGCUGCCAUCAUUCCUGACCUGCAAACUCAGCUGGAAUUGGCAGAGAAACAAACCAAGAGUUUGCAGGAAACCAGCAAAGAGGAGGUAGCUACUAUCAAAUUUCAACUGAGCACAGAAAUUCUAAACUAUCAGACAAAAUUUAAGGUUCUCAGUGAAAAAUGUGAAAAAUUAAAGGAAGAACUUGAAGAACAGAACCGACAGGCAAAUGCUGCAGAAGAGGCACUCAAGGAAAUGCAGGCUGAGAAAAGAGACCUGUAUGUACAACUGAACCUUUCUAUGGAUCAAGUGACUGAGUACAAAGCAAUCCAGCAAAAAAAAGAUGAAGAAAUUGCAGAACUGAAAGAAGAUCUUAAAAGAGCCCAGACAGAAGUCAGCAGAACAAAUGAACAAAUUCAAGAGUACUGUGGUAAAUUCAGCGAGAUGAAAUCAGAGCGAGACAACAAUGAGGCCAAGUUACUGGCUGAACUGGAUGAUCUAACUAGAACAAAGCAGUUCUUAGAAGAAAAAUUAAUUGAACUUCUCAGGGACAAGGAUGCUCUUUGGCAGAAAUCAGAUGCUCUGGAAUUCCAGCAGAAGCUCACAGCUGAACAAAGAUGGCUUGGUGAUGCUGAAGUCACUAGUUGUUUAGACUGUCAAAAAGAAUUUGGCUGGAUGAAUCGCCGACAUCAUUGCAGAAUGUGUGGGCGCAUUUUCUGCUAUUACUGCUGCAACCAUUAUGCCGUUUCAAAGCAAACUGGAAAGAAAGAACGCUGUUGUCAAGCUUGUUUUAAAAAAGUGACUGCCAAUCCUGUUGAUUCUGAAUUAAACUUUACACCAGAAGAAUCACCAUCAUCAAGUCUGCUGGCCUCACCAUUGUCCCUGGUCCGCAAAAUUUUGGUUACAAACGAAACCUCUAAGUCUACAGAUGAUGCAGUAUUUGAUAUAAUAACAGAUGAAGAAGUGGGUCAAAUACAAGAAGAUGACUCUGUUCACAGCAAAAAUCAAACUGAAGACUCUUUGGAUCAUGAUGUUCCUGACUUAAACAGCACCUAUAGCUCCUCAACUGUUGAUGAAUCUGAUGAUUUGGAAAUGGCCCAAGAUGCGGAGAUCUGCUUGCUGAAGUCAGGAGAAUUGAUGCUAAAGCUACCUCUCACAGUGGAAGAGAUUUUAAAGUUUGGAGAAGGUACCAGAGAACUGUUUAUUAAGUCAGGUACUUACAGCAUUAUUCCAAUCACUGUAGACGAAACUGGCCUUACAAUAAGUUGGGUGUUUUCAUCAGACCCAAAGAGCAUAUCGUUCAGCGCAGUGUACAAGCAAUCAGAAGACACCUCUCUGGAUCAAUGCAAAGUUCUUAUUCCCAUGACUCGCUGCAAUUCUCAUAAGGAAACUAUCAGAGGGAAUGUAAAAAUCCGAAAUGCUGGAAUUUACAUACUUAUUUUUGACAACACUUUUUCUAGGUUUAUCUCAAAAAAAGUUUUUUUCCACCUAUCUGUUCAACGGCCAGUGAUUUAUGAUGGAAGUGAUUUUCCAUAGUUCUUCCUGUAUGAAAUAUCUUGCAAGAAACACUAUUAUUUUUGUAUGAGUGUGUUUGUGUGUGCGUGUCUGUGUGUACAUGUGUAUGUGUAUGUGUGUCUGUGUGUACGCAUAUAGACACACACACACAUAUAUAUGUGAAGCACCAAAAUCACAGAAGGAUAUAAAAUCCUCCAAGAUUUAUGCAAUAAUUCAGAAAUAUAUACUUAAAUAUAUGCAUGAAAAAAAGCAUAGCUUUUAUGAGAGCAAUAAUGAUUCUACACUGUGUGCCAGUUAUUCAAAAGCCAUUUUGUUUAUUAAACAGACAAAAUAGUUAUAUUCUGCUGCAUUUGAUACCAAAAAAUGCAUUUUAUUAAAAAGCUAAGAAUAGGAAAUAUAUUUUUCAAUUUAGAAGAUUUAACAUAUGUAUAACACUAAUUAUAGAUAGUUAUAUUGAGUCAGCAACAGACAGACAACUAGAAAAUCAGUUUUGCAUAAACAUUAAAACUGAUAAAUUGAAACUUCCUGACAGUGAGAACAAUUAAUCAGUGGAACAGCUUGCCUCCAGAAGCAGUAAAUGCUCCAACACUGGAAGUUUUUAAGAAGAGACUGGACAGCCAUUUGUCCGAAAUGGUGUAGGGUUUCCUGCCCGAGCAGGGGGUUGGACUAGAUGACCUCCAAGGUCCCUUCCAACUUUACUACUAUUACUAUUACUAUUACUAUUACUUCCCAGCUGAGUAAACUACAGUUUAGGAUCUGAGAAUCUGAAGGAGAGCCUUAAAUUUUCAGGUUUUAAACAGUUAUUACAGUUUUAUUAUUUGAUACAGUAUAUGAAAAUGUCCAUCAAUUUAGCCCUCCUGUAUACUUUAUAUCAUCCACAUUAAUGAAAAUGUGCUUUGUUUUUGCUUAUAUUCAUACUUUCCAUUUAAAGGGCUGUUCCCCACCCUAUCAUAUGCAUCUUGGCAUCACUUUUACCAUAUUCAAUUCUCAUACAGCCUUAUUCUUUGUUAGUAGUUGCCAAAAAGCAAAGUUUCCAGUAGACUUAAAAUAUCUAAAUCUAGCCCAGAACAUGGCAUUCUCCAAAUAUUUUGGGGCUACAAUUCCUUCUGGUUGUAUAAUAAUUGAUAAUUCUGGGAAAAGCAGUUCAACAUGCAAAAAAGGCAGUGUUUGGCAUCAAAAAGAUUGUCUAUAUCUCUCAAUUUUGCAAAAAACAAUGGGUGAUCAUUUAAUACAGUUGAUAUGUUGCCUAUGAUGCAGGAUUGCUGGCAAGAGUUAAAUUAAUUUGUGAUCUAGAAGUAGGCUUAUAUUGAUCCGUUAUGCCUGCAGAAACACGCAGUUUAUAAACCAACUACAAAUCCUGUUCAAAGAUUAGCAUGUUAUUUUACCCAUUCUCACAAAGGAGGGAACAAAUUGGGUCAAAUAGGCUGCAUACACCAACAUGUUGAUAUCAUGUUUAAAAUCUAGAUUCAAAGCUUUAAGUCCCCUGCAAGCCUGAUCAUGCUAUACAAUUACCAUGAAGUAAAAUAAAACAUCUGGUGCAAGCUACUCUUUUAUCUAAACAAGUUAUAGCCAUAUCAACAUGUUACACAGAUUUUGGUCCAGAAAAAAAAUCCUAAAAAAUAUAUUUACUUUUACAGUUUAUAUUAUUUUUUAUCAUAUGAGUGACAUGUUUGUGAAAGAUAAGCAAUAUAAAUGGAACUGUUACUGCUCAGACAUAGACUUUACAAGUUUUGAAUAUUUCCUCUUGAAGAUGCUGAACGCAGGCUUAAAGGAAAAUUUGAAACGAGCAGAAGAUGCACUUAGUUAAACAAUACUUUACUCCAGCCUUUUCCAAUUAAUGUUGAGUAUUUUAAAUUCCCAAUUCCCAGACACAACUUGGAUUUCCCUAUAUCUGCUGACUUUUUUUUUAAAUAGUAUUUAUGAUGGAGAACAAAGGUAGAUUUCUAGUUGGCAGAAAAGGUGCAAAACUAUGUAUGGCAUGGAUAAUACUAUAACAUACAGCUAUAUUUUAUCAUGCCAUCCUCUAGACCUUUUAUCUGGCGGAAACACCAUCAUGCUAGAAAUUAUUCUUUUUGCACUCUCUACAAAUUAGCUUGAACUUUUAAGUUUAACCAGCAACACUAGGAUAUGAGCAAUAGGGCUUAGCUGCUUGAUAUUAUAACAGAAUACUUGCAGGUCUGGUUAAUGGAUUUAUUAAUGCAGUGCAGAUACUUUGGUAAUGAUUUACAAUUCUCUCACUGCUUGUAUAAUCCCAAACAGACCUGUGAGUUGCCUGAUAUGGUUAAAAAAAUUGCUGGUAACUUAGACGCAAAAUGAUAAAUAUUGUGGAUUGACCAUUUCUUUGUUGAAUGUUAUUAUGUGUUAAAAGCAUAUUUUAUUUUGAGUUGAGUAGCAAUAAGGAUGUAAUGCUAAAAUCUGGGAUAUUCUUUGCCAUGGAUUGUGCAAUAUCAAAUGGAUUUUGUACUAAAAUCUCAUAAUAUAUUAAUAAUGGGUAUUCUAGUCUAUUUUACUGUAGAAAUUUAAUAGAAUACUUUUUUUCAAAAAUUGGUUUAUUUCAUAUAUAAAAGUAAUAUGAAAAGGAUGCUGUCAAAUACAGAAAAUGUAUUAUUUUAAAUAUAUAUUAUUGAUGAAGAUG